AUGCAAAUUGAUUUAUCAACAAUAACAUCGUUUAUCACCAUUCAUUUGUUCACUUGGUACGGUGUUGCUAUUGUGGCUGGAUUGAUAUAUGCAACCAUAUCCAAGGUCAAGAAAGAAAUUUUCAUAAGAAAGCAUGGCUGCAAAGAGGCUUUCAUCUUUCCCGAAGGUGGACCUUUUGGUUUAAUCUUGGCCUAUGUUUUACAAAGCAAAAAAUCAAGUGGGGAGAUCCUUGACUUUGCCAUGACCAUGUAUGAAAAGUAUGGGAAAAGACUUACUUUUACUGCCUAUUUGUUUGGUGUUAGAGUCGUGGUUUCAGGUGAGCCCGAAAACAUGAAGGCUAUCUUGGCUACCCAAUUCAAUGAUUUCUCUUUGGGCUCAAGACAUGCCCAUUUCAAGCCUUUGUUGGGUGAUGGAAUUUUCACGUUGGAUAAUGAAGGAUGGAAAGAGUCAAGACAAUUGUUGCGUCCACAAUUUGCUAGAGAACAGAUCUCUCAUGUUAAAAUGUUGGAGCCACAUGUGCAGGUACUUGCUGAACACAUUAGAAAACACAAGGGCAAGUCAUUCGACCUUCAAGAAUUAUUUUUCAGGUUGACUGUUGAUGCUAGUACUGAGUUUUUAUUUGGUGAGUCUGUCCAUUCCUUGUAUGAUGAAUCUAUUGGAAGACAAUGUGAUCCUGAUGUUGCCAGUUUUGCUGAGGCUUUUAAUCAAGCUCAAAUAGCCUUGGGUGUUAGAACUUAUUUGCAAACUGCAUUCUUUCUUUACAACCCACCUUCAUUUUGGAAAAAUACAAAAAUAGUUCACAAAUUUGCUAAAACCUUUGUCAAGAAGGCGUUGAGUUUAACUCCAGAAGAAUUGGACGAGCGGGUGAAAAAGCACGGGUACACAUUCCUUUACGAAUUGGUCAAACACACAAGAAACCCCAAAGUAUUGCAAGAUCAAUUGUUGAACAUUAUGGUUGCUGGUAGAGACACAACUGCUGGUCUUUUGUCCUUUACCUUUUUUGAAUUGGCUAAACAUCAAGACGUUUGGGAAAAAUUGAAGAAUGAGAUAUAUCAACACUUUGGAUCCGGUGAGGAUAGUGAUGUCCAAAACAUCACUUUUGAGACUUUGAAACAGUGUAACUAUCUCAAGUGGGUGUUGAAUGAAGUCUUGAGAUUGUACCCAUCUGUGCCAAUUAACUUUAGGGUCGCAAACAAGGAUACUACCUUACCCGUCGGUGGUGGUCCAAAUGGAACUGACCCGGUUUACAUUGGAAAAGGUACUACUGUUGCUUACUCGCCAUACAUGACUCAAAGAAUGGAAAAGUUCUUUGGCAAAGAUUCACUCGAAUUUAAACCAGAACGUUGGGAAAACGCACCUAAAUUGGGCUGGGCUUACUUGCCCUUCAAUGGUGGUCCAAGAAUCUGCUUAGGACAACAAUUUGCCUUGACCGAAGCUUCAUAUGUAAUUGUACGUUUGGCACAAAUGUUCCCCAACUUGACCAGUAACUACGAUGGCCCAACACCAUGCAGAAAGUUGAUUCAUUUGACAAUGUGUCUCAUGGAUGGUGUCGAAGUACAAAUGAGCUAG